GUCCCGGGGCGGGGAAUCACGUAAUGGCGGACUCGGGCCGGCGGAGUGCGGCUAGGGGCGUAGCGCGCUAAGAGGGGCUCCGGCUGUGUGGCAGCCCACGAAGCGGUGGACUGGAGCGCACUACGCGGGGACACGGGCCGGCCGGCCAGCCCUUCAUGUCGCUGAGGGCGACCGCUCGGGGUCAGGUUGUUUUUCAUCAUUGAGAACAUUGCCUGAAGCAGGUCCACCAUGCCGUUAGUAACCAGGAACAUCGAGCCAAGGCACCUGUGCCGUCAGACGUUGCCUAGCGAUACAAGCGAGCUGGAAUGCAGGACCAACAUCACCCUGGCAAAUGUCAUCCGACAGCUGGGCAGCCUGAGCAAAUAUGCAGAGGACAUUUUCGGAGAGAUUUGUACUCAGGCAAGUGCCUUUGCCUCCCGGGUAAACUCCCUGGCUGAGCGGGUUGACCGAGUACAAGUUAAAGUCACUCAGCUGGAUCCCAAGGAAGAAGAAGUGUCACUACAAGGAAUCAACACUCGAAAGGCCUUCAGAAGCUCUACCAUCCAAGACCAGAAGCUUUUUGACAGAAAUUCUCUCCCAGUGCCCGUCUUAGAAACCUAUAACAGCUGUGACGCUCCCCCCCCUCUCAACAACCUAAGUCCUUACAGGGAUGAUGGAAAAGAGGCACUCAAAUUCUACACCAACCCUUCAUACUUCUUUGAUCUUUGGAAGGAGAAGAUGCUGCAGGACACCAAGGAUAUCAUGAAAGAGAAGAGAAAGCAUAGGAAAGAAAAGAAAGAUAAUCCGAAUAGGGGCAAUGUAAACCCACGUAAAAUCAAGACACGUAAGGAAGAGUGGGAGAAAAUGAAGAUGGGACAAGAGUUUGUAGAGUCCAAAGAAAAACUGGGGCCUUCUGGAGUCUCUUCCACCUUGGUGUACCAGAAUGGCAGCAUUGGCUCUGUGGAGAAUGUGGAUGCAGGCAGCUACCCACCACCACCACAGUCAGACUCCACCUCCUCACCUUCUCCUUCCUUCUCUGAAGACAACUUGCCUCCCCCACCAGCAGAAUUCAGCUACCCUGCAGACAACCAAAGAGGAUCUGUCUUGGUUGGACCCAAAAGAACCAGCGUGGUCAGCCCAAGUCAUCCACCCCCGGCUCCUCCUCUGGGUUCUCCUCCAGGCCCCAAACCAGGCUUUGCCCCGCCACCUGCGCCUCCGCCUCCGCCUCCAAUGGGUGUGCCACCUCCACUACCACCUGUAGGGUUUGGGUCCCCUGGGACCCCUCCACCACCAUCGCCUCCAUCUUUUCCUCCUCACCCUGAUUUUGCUGCUCCUCCUCCCCCACCCCCACCACCAGCAACUGACUACCCAAUGCCACCACCUCCCUUGUCCCAACCAUCUGGAGGUGCUCCCCCCCUUCCCCCCCCUCCUCCACCUCCAGGGCCCCCGCCUCUCCCCUUCAGUAGUGCUGAUGCCCAGCCUGCUGCACCACCACCACCUCUUUCUGAUGCCGCCAAGCCCAAGUCCUCGUUGCCCGCUGUGAGUGAUGCACGUAGUGACCUGCUUUCUGCCAUCCGCCAAGGGUUUCAGCUUCGAAGGGUUGAAGAGCAGCGGGAGCAAGAGAAGCGUGAUGUAGUGGGCAAUGAUGUGGCCACCAUCCUGUCACGGCGAAUUGCUGUUGAGUACAGCGACUCGGAAGAUGAUUCCUCUGAAUUUGAUGAAGACGACUGGUCGGAUUAACUUCCUGCCUGCUGUCCACAUUCCUUUUCCUGUCCUUCCUGCCUGCCUUCUUUGAUACCAACUGUACCAGUCUCAUGGGGGGAAGAAAGGGAGGACAGACGGUUCAAGGCCAAAGCCUUCGUGGAGCAACCAAAGAUCUAGCAGUCUCCCUCCAAAUCACCAUGUACUUCCCUUUCCCUGGCUGUGAGCUCUUGAGAGUCCAUAGCGGAGCUGAUCCCUCUUCCCCUCAAGUGGCUUUUAACUAUUGAAAGGAAGGAAGGAAAAACCCUACAGCAGAUCCCUUUGGUUGGGUUUCAACUGGAGAUAGUGCCUUCCCCUAAUAACCCUUUUAACACAUGGCCUUCAUCAAAACUCUUACGUUCAGUUACUCCAAAUAAUGCUAUCUGUCUCCUGGUCUUAAACAAUGGGGACGGCCUGUGUGGACAAAACUGGUCCCUUUUCUAUACCCUGAGAGUACAGGGUAGGCCAAGUGCCCUGGCAGCUAGACUGCCACCUCUGUUCCACACUCAGUCCUCUGCAGCCGGUGAGGCUGCCUCUCCUCAGCCCUGUCUGGAUGUCUUUGGUCCAGAAGGCAUUAGACCUCUAAAGAAUGUCUCACUCCUUUGCCGAGAAGUGAUGCUGGGGCUGUUGCCUUCCUCCCAUGCUCCCUCUUAGUGAGUGUGGUGUCCAGGUGUCCUUUGUGUGUCCCUCCCUCACCCCAUGUGCCUUUAGACUGCACAGCCCAGUUUUAACCUCUGAUAUUGAUGACCAAACUAGCCCUGGCACACAGGGACCUGGGCCUCUGCUGACUUGUCAGGAGCAAAACUUGAAGGUGUGGCCCGCAGGACUGGAAGAGAAUGGAAUACCUUGGGUCCUGCACUUCCAGGAUGCUAAGGCCAAGAAGAGAAGUGACUGUCUCUCAAGGUCACAGAUAGUGAUAGAGCAAGAGCCCAGGCUUCCUGUUUUCCAAGUCACCUGUGUUUCCUGGGACCAAAUAAUGAGCACCUGCUGGAGUCAGGGCGAAGCAGCCCUGGCUGCUGCCCCAGACCUCCCGACGGCAGGGGUCUCCUUUGGAGGGCGAAGCAGCCUGUGCCAGCCCCACGAGUGCGGCUUUGACACUCACAACCUCUCUUGAGGCCGCGUAUCCCCCUUCUGUCUCAGUCAGUCAGUCGUGUGGCUCUGGAGCUGUGCUGGGGACAGUAGAGGGGAGGGUGGGGCAGCCAGCCUCGGCAGGUGCGGUUUUCAGUUCACUGCAGCUCCCUGGCCCUUUUGUCUCCCCAGUUUCAGCAUAGGUUUUGCCAGCUGUGGAGACUUUGGUCCCUCAGGCUGGUGGCCGCAGCAGGUACCUGCCUGGGGGGGGGGGGCUGGCAGCCAUGGAGAAGACUGAAAGGCAGGGAGGACGGGGUCUUCCUGGCUCCCGCCUCACUGUGUAUGGUGAUGUAGACCCUUUACCCUCCCUUCCCAGAACUAAUACACAGGUGCUAUUGUUCAGGAAAAAAAAAAACUGAUCAGCUCUGGCCAACAGCAAGGUUUCUUCUCUCUGCCCCAACUAUUGUGUGGCCUCUUGUGCUGAGAUCGGCUUCUCUGGCUUCCGAGCCUGAAACAAAGAGAAGCAGGAUCUGUCUCUACCCAGCACAGCAAAUGGUUGUAGUAAUUGCCAAAGCCCUCAUAAAGCCCUCCGGCUUGAGGAGAGUGCAAUCACUGCUGCCUGCGCUGCCUGAGCGCCUCCCCUCUGCCUCCUCUCUUGAACUGGAGGUAGUGAGCUCGCAGGUGCCAGCAGGCCCUCCUGCUGUGGCUACUCCAGAGUGCACUGUCUGUCCCGUCCCCUCCCCCACCCCAUGUCUGGCACAGGACUUGGCACUCCAUGCUGUGCGUGUUCCCACCCUGUGUCUUAGAAGCUGAAGGUGCUUUCAUCAGAACCUUAAAAUGGCUGUUGACCCCGACUGCAGCCUGGCAGGGGCUGGAGAGGCAGGGGAGGGCAGUGGUCCUUCCAAAUAGAAGUCCUGGGGCCUGGCCAGGACAGGGUUUGUGCCUAAUGGUUUUGACUAAAUUACUCCCCUCCUCCUGCUCUCCGGGAAAGGGAAGCCAGAGCCACUCACUGUGGUUCUGUUCCGACCUUGAAGGGGCGGUGUUGGCCUGGCUUCUGGAAUGGAUGGAGUCCACCAGGAAAGACUGGGGGCGGGAGGAGAUGGGGAGGGGCCCUGUCUGCCGAAGGUAGGAUUAGAUCAUUAGCUCAGUGACCUCCUAGGGUUUCGAUGUGCUGUGUUCUCAUCCUACAGCUGGUUUGGUAAUGAUCUGCAAGUCCCGGAGAGCAACGGCACAGCUCUGCCUGACGCUCUCAUUAAAAUCCAUGCAGCCAAGCUCUGCGCUGCUUUGUAGCAGCGGCCUUGUGGAGCCUCCUCAGCUUGGGGGGCUGGGGGCCCAGUCAGUAGAGAGGUCCUCUAUGCUCUACUUAGGCGUAUGUGUACAGAAAAAUUAAAACAUGCUUCUUUAAACCCCGAGAUCUUUAAAAUAAGAAAGGACCCAGUGCAGAUAGGUAUGUUUACAGAAUCCUGUAAUUGUAGAAUACAAAGUUUAGUGAUUAUUUAAACUGGGCUAAGGCUGGUAAGAAUAUAAAGCAGUGUCCCAUAAGGACUCUUAAGUGCUGACGACAAGGAGCCACCUCCCUUCCUGGUCUGCCUGGCCCAGGGGGCCUGCCCCCAUUCCUGUGGCCCAAGGGCCCAGCUUGCAGUCAGUAGUGUCAGAAGUGACUUGUGGCUUUGCCUUGGUCGUGAGAUGAUUUCAUUCCAAGGGUGGGGGUAGGGGGAUCCCUUGGAGGCUCAGAGCAGCUGGCCCAAGCUCCAGCUCGCCUCCAGUGGAAGAGCGAGCGCCCUCAGAAACGACCCUGGCCAAUGUCACCGCAGAGCUGAGGCAGUGUUGUCAGGGCUAAUGUGAAAUCUCUUCCCGUGGCGCCGAUCCUCCGACUCCACAGCGCCAGCUUGGACAGAUUGAGGUCUCUGUGGCUUUGGUGACCCUGCUUAAGCAUUCCCACCGUGUCCCUGCUCUGCACUAGGGCUGCCUCUGCUGCAGCCCCUUACUUGACCUCAGGGCCUGGGGAGGGAGGCAGUGUACCAGGGCCAGGCGCUCUGAUUCAGAAGCUGUGUCAGCUUCUUGGGGGGCAUCAAGCUUUGAACUUGGCUGGUGCCCAUCUGACCUGGGACCAGGUGUUGCAGAGAGACCUGCCUCCUGCACUUCCUGCCUCGUUCACUUUAAUAGUGAAGGCCGGGAACAGUUCUGUUACCAUAUUAACUUUAUUCAGUUAAUUCACUUGAGAAACUAACCAAUUUUUACUUUCUGCCUAGAAUGUUGUACACAUAGGAGAGAAAGCUAUCAUGCUCCCAAAGUGCCUUGUUUUCUCUGAUAUAAAUAUAUUUAUAAGGACAUAUUCCAGUAGGUUCUCGGGUGUGUUUCCCGUAUCAAGAUUUUGUGAGCUAAUAUAUUGUGGAAUUACUGUCUGAAAAUAGACCCUGUCUCCUAAAGGUUGGGAAGGGGGCAUCUGAGUGAUGAGAUGAAGCCACCCUCACAGUGGCCCUUUUUUUCUGCCCUUCCCAUACCAGUUAAAGAACACCCACAGGCUGGAUGAUCCCAGCCCUUGGGAAGCAGAGGCAGGCCGGUCUGUGAGUUCAAGGCCAGCCUGGCCUACAAAGCAAGUUCCAGGACAGCCAGGACUGUUACACAGGGAAACCCUGUCUCUAAACAAAUAAAAAUAACAGCCACUUUUUUUGUUGUUUUUAAGAGUGUUUGAGGUAGACCAGGCUGGCCUUGAACUUGCAACAUACCUGAAACUGGCCUCGAAAUCCUGAUCCCUUUGCCUUAGCCUCCUGAGUGCACAAAUUAUAGACAUUUCGCACCUGGCUAGGACAACCAAAAAAAAUUUUUUUAAGUUUCAAGUCUGGUUUUAUUUGCUUCUCUGUCAGGCUCAUUGUGUGUGCCACGUUUGUACUCCAGUGACCUGAAGGUUCCAUGUAACUUUUAUGUAAUAAACACAUGCAUAGUUUAAAUGCCAA